GGUGGGAGAUUUGAGAAAAAGUCAUGGGAGAGUGUACUAUCUCAAGCUUCAUUUUGGGGUUUCUUGGACGAGAUGUGCGAAGCACUAGCUUUAAAUGCUAUUGAUGAUCAAGCAAUGGUCAAUGAGGUACUCAUUGGUAGUGGAAUCAGAUGGAAGAACACUAAACAUCCAUUAAAUAACCCUGGAAACAUAAUCGGCAUGACAACAGAUGGCCUAGUAGUGAGAGCACUAUCUGCAACAGAUUCCUGCCGAAUAACAUGUUCUAAAAGAAAGAAACAUUAUGUAUGGCACACUAGACGUAUGUCUGGAAAUAAAAACUGGUUGCUGAAAAAUGACUGGGAAAAGUUGUUGACUAAAGGGAAUAACAUAACAAUGCUAGUUAACCAGACUUUGUAUUUAAACUUAAAGCAGAAUUUGAACAGCAGUAUUAAUAUGACAGGUCUGAGUCUAAAUGACAUUAUCAAAUCGUAAUUUAAGCUCCAUCUGUCAAAUGCUACGAUUUUACAUUUUCGUUCGGUGGAUGGGACGCACAGUCUCAUCUGUCUGUUAUAUGGCCAGACAUGGACUCCGACAUUUACUAAACAAAUUGUUUCCAUAUAGAUGUUCAAAAAAUC